GGAAGAUCCUGGCUGUGCGGGGCAAGGAGGAGCGCUCGGCGCCCCCCAGGCCUCCAGGACACGGAGCAGAGACCGAGCGGAGAGGGAGACCCAGGAAAGAAGGUGGUGCAGUUGGAAGAGCAGAGAAUGAGAACAGAUAUACCGAUUCCAGUGUGGGUCUGAAGGGCUGAGAACCAGCAGCACCCAGGCCAGGAGAAACCACAUAUGACUUAGAUUGUGCUGGGGUUUUGACCACAAGGACUCCACAGCCCAUGUUUAAUUGGGGGAAAAGGCAUUAAAUACAGGCAAGAGUGACAGGAAGUCUGGGCAUCAGCUGAAAACUGGGACUCUUUUUGGACUCUCCUACUGCAUUGCACAGAGAGCAGACCUCAGCUUCUGGAAAUUUGAAUAGAGGGGGUGCAGGAGGCAGCAGACUAAUGUUUAAUGAACUCCCCUUAAAUUCCAGGUGGGAGUCUGUAUGACCUGCCAAGGUCACAUACUCAUUUUUCUCACUCCUGGAGGAUCACACUGAUUAAAAAGACUGUCUUGGGUCAGAUACGUUCAUUGCACAAUGGAGUCUGCGGCCUCCCUGACUGAGCUCCAGGCAGAGGCCAACUGUCCCAUCUGCCUGGAUUACCUGAGAGACCCAGUGACCAUUGAAUGUGGGCACACCUUCUGUCCCUCCUGCAUCCACCAGCGCUGGGAAGGUCUACAGGGCACCUUUCCCUGUCCUGUCUGCCUCCACCACUGUCCUGACAGGAAAUUGAAGAGGAACACCCAAUUAUGUCACAUGAUUGAGAUUGUUAAGCAGAUUCCCACCACAGGGAGCCAGAGGAAAUUACAGGAAGAAAAACCCCUGUGUGGGAAGCACAAUGAGGUUUUGAAAUUUUUUUGUGACAACGCCCAGGAAUUGUUAUGUCCUCAUUGCAAGGUCCCCUUAGACCACCAGCAUCACUCCCUGAUACCCAUUGAGGAAGCUGCUGCUAGUUACAGGAGGAAGCUCAAAAGAUACAUUGGGGCGCUGUUGGUGGAGGUUGAAGAUGCUGAAACGGAAUGUGAAAACCAAAUUGCAAAAGAAUUUGAAGUGCAGGAAAAGAUGGAAAACUGGAGGAAAGAAUUGCAGUAUGAAUGUAAAGAACUGAAGUGUUCCUUACAAGUAGAGCACAGUGUACUUAAUGCUGGUCUAUUUAUAGAAGAGAAGGAUGUUGAAGAAAAACUAACUGAAAAUGGAAGGCAAGUUUCAAACCAUAUGUUCAUACUAAACAAGUUUUUAAGUGAAAUAGCAGAGAAGUAUUUGCAAGCAGAUGUGGAUUUACUCACAGGUAUUGAAGAUAUCCACAAUAGGUAUGAAAAGCUAGAGACCCCAGCAGUGUUUUCAUAUGAAUUAAAGAAGAAGAAUUUCACUCUCCCCCCACAUUACUUGGGCCUGCAUAAAAUGAUCCACAUAUUUCAGGCAGAUUUGACACUGGAUCCUGAAACUGCCCAUCCAAGUCUCAUUAUCUCAAGAGAUAGAAAAAGUGUGACCUAUAGGACAUCAGUUGGUCUUUCUAAUCCCCAGGCACACACUUCUUACCCAGCUGUCCUGAGUUCUGAGGGAUUUGAUGCUGGCAGGCAUUUUUGGCAGGUAGAAGUAAGAGGUAUAGGUGCAUGGUCCUUUGGUGUGUGUAAAGAAUCUUUCCCCAGAAAUACUCCCAUAAAACCAUUGCCAAGCAAUGGCUGCUGGCGAUAUAAGCAGCGGGCUGGUAUGUUUGGCCUUUUAGGACAUCAUAAGAUUGGCAUUUUUCUGGACUAUGAGUUGGGAGAGGUUUCAUUUUAUAAUUUGAGUAACAGGUCAUACUUGUUUGCAUUUACUGACAUGUUUUCAGAGAAACUUAUGCCUUAUUUCUCCAUUGCAUCUUCUCCAGAAAGUCUUACAAUCAGUAUCAUCAGAGUCUAGUGAUGAACAAUUUGGAAGAAAUUUUGUAUGUGCUUAGAAUACUUAUAAAGAUCCUGAUUCCAGUUUUGAUUUUUGAAUGUUGAAAGCUUUAAGGACUCACCCUUCUCUCCUUCCUAACCUUACACCUGAGAAAGCUAAUGAGAAAGUCCAGGUGCUCUAUCCUUGGGUGCAGGGGGGAAGUUCCAAUCAAGCAAGUUUCCAUCAGUGUCAGCAGGCUCCCAACAACAGCACCCAGUAACCAACAUGAACACCACAAGCUAGACCCCUUUCCCUGUGCUCUGUCAUUUUGGGACCUAUUCUAAUAUCCACCCUUCUCUCCCCUGAAAACCUCAUCAUGUGAGUAAUAAACUUUUCAUAUUCUUCUGAUAUGUUAUCAUCAGUGUGAACAUUUGAAACCAAUUUUGCAUGGCUUCCACCCUGCCUAUAUAAGCUGGUCACCACCAUUGACAUUGUGAGCAGGAUUUUUCCAGAUAUGAAGCACCGCACCAGGGCUUCCUCCUCUGGCUUUGUGUGGUAACACACCUUGGUUCUCUAGGCAAGGGUGUCCUUGCAGAUUGUGCUGCAUUUGCUGAGUUUUAUGGAGGCUGUGUUGUAGAUUUGACUGACCUAAGUCAGAAGUUUCCAUAAGAAACAUUCUAUUGACUAUUAUUUUCCAUGUAAUUUUUUGGGGAAUUCUAAUCGUCUUGCUUUUGUCUCCUGUUUUAUAAUAUUUUGCCUGUUUUAUAAAAAUUUCAUGUUCAUGGCCCUAACCAGUUUGGCUCAGUGGAUAGAGCGAUGGCCUGAGGACUGA